AUAAUAUUACCAGCUAAAGUGGUCUUACAAGAUACUUGUCGUCAGAAACUAGACUGGGAUGCCGAGUUACCUAUAGAUUGUCAAGCAAAGUGGAAUAUUUGGUGUAGACAUAUAAAAGGGUUAGACCACUUAAGAAUACCAAGGUGUUUGAAACCAGGGUUUGAACCAUCAUCUGCGCAAAUUCAUUGUUUUGCCGACGCCUCCGAGCUUGUGUAUGGUGUUGUUGCGUAUAUUCGUUAUGAAGGUGUUUCUGGUCAGAUCCAUUGUUCGUUCCUGCUAGCUAAGUCUAGGGUUGCUCCUCUAAAACUUGUCACCAUACCCAGAAUGGAAUUAACGGCCUGCGUUCUGUGUGCUAAGAUUGGAAGGCACGUAAGGGAACAGUUAAGUAUCCCCAUUUCGUCAGUUAUUUAUUGGACCGAUUCGACAGUUGUGCUUCAUUGUAUAAAAAAUACGACUAAAAGGUUUGAAAGGUUUGUGAGUAACAGGCUAGAAACUAUACAUGAGCUGUCUACGCCAAACCAGUGGAGAUAUGUGAAAAUCAAAUUGAAUCCUGCGGAUCACGCGUCACGUGGAUUAUCACUAAAUGAUAAGGCUAAGUUAAGGGAGUAGCUACAAGGGCCAGGAUUCUUGUGGGAGGAAGAAGGCAAAUGGCCUAGCCUAGAAAAGGUUGAGAACACUGUAGCCCAUGUGCUGAAAGAAGAUUUCGAACCCCCAAGAUGCAAUGAUGAGUUUCUAGAUCGAUUUCGUACGUGUAAGUCGUGGUCUAGGCUUCUAAGGGUAUUUUCAUACUGCAGACGGUUUGUCAAUAAUAUGUUAAGCAAGAGGAAUGGAAGUCAUCUAGCCUUAGGUGCACUAGGUGCUGAGGAUAUCGAAAAUUCGAAGAGCGACAUAAUUAUACUAGUCCAAAAUAUCGCGUUCCUGGACGAGAAAAGAAUCCUAAGUAGUUCCCCGUUAAUGCCCGGAGAUAACGCUUCGAGACAACAAGAAAGUCAGGAAACAAUGAACGAGAUGGUCAGGAGGAAAAAUUUAAUCCGUCAAAGUUCUAUAAGAAACUUCAACCCCUUUAUGUUAGAAGGCAAAAUUCGCGUGGGAGGACGUUUGUAGCUAGCAUGUUUACACUUUGAAACUAAAUAUCCGAUUAUUCUCCCUAAUAAUCUGUGGCAAGCCCAUUUGGCCACUGUAUCAUCUGUCUAUUCAUUGUAACUCAGACUCUUAAUUCACUAUGUUAAUUUCGGUGUGUAUGAUCGAAUGCAUGUCUGUACAUUAACUCUUAAGCUAUCCUCCUAUUGGUUUCAAUGUGCAGAUAAUCGAUAAUUUAUCCACACCCGAUUAACUCGCAAAAAUAUAUAUGGGUUUUAAACAGACACACACUCACUCUGUUUCAUCGUGUGCUUGCUCACCGUACGCUUGUGGAUUUUUAUUAAUCAUUAACAAUAAACUAUCUCUAUAACUGGUGUUCAGGCUUCUCAAUAAUCUCGAGUAAAUUCGCAAUUCUACUAGGAGAUUAAGCCUACCUAGAAUACUCAGUUAACGGGAUAUUAUUUAUUGGAGUCAGAUAUUAAGGACAUUAGCCUCUACAUAUUGGUGACCCGCCUUUAGAACGCGCACCAUUUUCCUCCAAAGUCUGCUGCAUUCUCCUCAAGCGUAUCAUAAAGAACUUCAUAUUGGAAUUAUUAUAAUCAAUAACAAUCCAUUGACAGUCAUAAUAAAUUCACUCAUAACAUUUUCCCUUUGGAAUUAUUACUGUAUAUUCUCAUAUAUAUACCCAAAGUGACAAUUUUUCUUUUCGGUGAGUCUUAUAUAUAUUUUUUUUGUUAUUUUUGAUUUCUUCAUAUUGUAUAUUUCAAACCUCAGUUUAUUAUUAUUAUUGCUCCUUCGUACCAUGUCAGUUGAUAAUUCGCUAAGCCUAUCAUCUAAAUCUAUUUCCGUGGGUGCCAUUUCUGUACAUUUACCUAUUUUUAAUCCACGAAAGGCUGAACUCUGGUUUGCUCGCUUAGAAAGCUUUUUUGUUGCAAACAAAAUCACAAAUCAGAGUACGAAAUUUAGUUACGCAAACUCACUGCUGCCGGACGACGUCAUUGAACAAGUGCCUGAUGUUAUUUUUAAGCCGGAUCCUGACUCACCAUUCGAUUGUCUAAAAAGAGAGGUCAUUCGUGUCACAUCUCUCACCGACUAACAGACAAUUGAUCAACUUUUAGCCAACGUGGAGCUAGGUGACAAUACACCAUCACAGUUAAAACGCCACAUGACAAACUUAUUAGGAAAUCGUAUAGUAGACAAACGUCUACUAUAUCAAUUGUGGCUCAGACGUCUCCCUCAAAACAUUCAACAGAUACUUGCAAUUGGAGACGAAGACGUCGAUUUUGAUAGGCUAGCAGACAUAGCCGACAGAAUUUACGAACGGUCCAAGACUCACCUUGUAUCUCAAAUCCAAUCAAGCUCAGCUGACGAGAUCGCCGAGUUACGACGAUCAGUUGAUACCCUUACCAAACAGAUAACUCAGAUCCAAUUAUUGAAUGCCUCCCACAGUAAGCGUAGAGGAACAUCCACAAGCCGUAGACGACGUAGUCCAAGCACUGCUAGAUACAACAUUUGUUGGUACCAUAGAACAUAUGGCAAACAAGCUAGAAAAUGCACUCCGCCUUGUAACUUUGCAAGCACACAGAAAAAGGGACGUCAAGACCGCAGGUUAAUGACGACUGCACUCACUGACCACAACUCUCAAGACAGUCGUCUAUUAUAUGUUACAGACAAAAGAACCGGCACACAGUUUUUAGUCGACACUGGGGCAGAGGUUAGUGUAGUACCACCUACUGCACUCGAGAAAAACACACCUGACCCCAAACUAAAACUAAAAGCUGCAAACAGGUCUGACAUCAAGACGUACGGCAGAAGGCGGUUACAAUUAAAUUUUGGUCCUAAAUCUAAUUUUUCCUGGAGUUUCAUCAUAGCGGACGUCCUCGUUCCUAUAAUCGGCAUUGAUUUUCUGCAAUUCCACAAAAUACUGGUAGACGUCAGAAAUAGGAAACUUGUCCUUGCCGGACAAAGUAAGGAAAUUAGAGGAAUUAUAUCAAAUGAGACUUCCAUACAUUUAUUAGUUAAACCUCAUCACGAGGAUGACAAAUACGUCAAUUUACUUAAUCAGUUUCCAGACUUAUUACGACCGAGUUUCAAACACGACAAACCGACGCAUACCGUCGUACAUUACAUAAAGACAGAGGGUCCACCAGUGUUCACACGUCCAAGACGCCUUGAUCCCUCUCGUCUGGCUAUCGCAAAGAACGAAUUCAACAAAAUGAUUGAGUUGGGCAUCAUACGCCCCUCCGAUAGUCCGUGGGCAUCACCGCUCCAUAUGGUACUUAAGAAAAACUCUUCCGAAGUUAGACCGUGCGGUGACUAUAGAGCUCUCAACAGCCGGACCAUACCAGAUAGAUACCCUCUCCCACAUUUGCAUGACUUCACUCAUAGCCUAUCUGACGUGUCGAUUUUUUCAAAAAUUGAUCUCGCCCGUGCUUACCAUCACAUUCCAAUUCAUCCGGACGAUGUUCCUAAAACAGCCAUUACUACCCCCUUUGGACUAUACGAAUUCGUCCGCAUGCCUUUCGGAUUAAGGAAUGCUGCACAAAGUUUCCAGCGUUUUAUUGACCAAGUGGUACGGGGCUUACCGUUUGUGUAUGCUUACAUAGAUGACCUACUUAUAGCAAGCAAAUAUGAAAAUGAACAUCUAACUCAUCUGAAGAUGCUUUUGAGAAGCUAAAUGAGUAUGGGUUAGCAGUCAAUCCUGACAAAUGCGAGUUCGGAAAACAAUCCCUCACCUUUUUAGGUCACGUACUUGAUAAUCAAGGCAUUAAACCAGUUCCUGAGGAAACACAAGCUAUCAAAAAUUAUCCUUUGCCUGAUUCAUUCAAGAAACUACGACGUUUCCUUGGGAUGAUCAACUUUUACAGACGUUUUAUCCCUAAAUGUGCAGACUUAGCAAAACCACUAACUGAUUUAUUAAGGGGACGAGCUAAAUCAUUAGCAAUGACACCGCAAGCAAUUCAAGCAUUUGAUCAGUUGAAAAGCGCUUUAAGCACAGAGGUAUUACUCGCACGACGAAAGGUUGAUGCACCUUUGGCAAUAAUGACCGACGCUUCUAACGUAGCAGUAGGUGCUGUACUUCAGCAACGUGUCAAUGAACAAUGGCAACCCUUUGCAUUUUUCUCAAAAAAGUUAAACGCAACGCAAACAAAAUAUAGCACAUUCGGUAGAGAACUGUUGGCUAUCUACUUAGCCAUCAAACACUUUCGCUACAUGUUAGAAGGCAAUUCUUUCACGAUAUAUACUGAUCACAAACCUCUAACUAAGUCCUUGAUGCACAAUCAUGAUAAAUACAGUCCGCGCGAAAUUCGUCAACUAGAAUUCAUUUCACAAUUUGCAGCUGAUAUACGCUAUAUUAAAGGCAAUGUAAAUGAGGCAGCAGAUGCACUAUCGAGAUUAAAUAUCAAUACCUUCUCGAUCCCUGAUAUAGACUAUCAAGAAAUGGCAAAGCAUCAAAAGCUCGAUACGGAGCUACAAAAACUUUUGCAGUCUAAGGAAACGAAAUUAUUAUUCCAAAACAUCCCCAUAAACAACAAGGACACCUUAACUUGUGAUACCUCAACAGGUAAAACUCGCCCUUUUGUACCUUUCGGUAUGAGACGAAAUAUUUUUGAGAAAUUACACAAUAUAUCUCAUCCAGGUAUAAAAGCCACUGUAAAGCUUGUCACAGAUAGAUUUGUAUGGCCAAAAAUAAACAAAGACGUACGAAAAUGGUCACGGGAAUGCGGCCAAUGCCAAAAGUCAAAAGUACAUAGGCACAUCAUAUCUCCUACCGGAAUUUUUCCCGCCGCUAGCGCUAGGUUCGACCAUAUUCAUAUCGACAUUGUUGGACCGUUACCGGUUUCUAAUGGUUACACGCAUAUAUUAACAUGUAUAGAUAGAUUUACGAGAUGGCCCAUAGUUGUUCCGUUAAAAGACACGUCAGCAUCAACAGUGGCGAAGAAGCUGGUGAAACACUGGAUUACAAACUUCGGUGUCCCUACAACAAUUACGACCGACCGUGGAACGCAAUUCGAAAGCAAACUAUUUCAGCAACUUACAGAUACUUUCGGUAUAAAGAGAAUUAGAACCACUGCUUAUCAUCCGUCUGCUAAUGGAAUGAUAGAAAGAUUCCAUAGACAGUUAAAAGCCUCUUUGACGGCCGCACGAGGAGAUUACAAAUGGGAUAUCAAGCUUCCUUUGAUACUAUUAGGCAUUCGCUCAACCAUCAAACAAGACCUCGGUUGUUGUGCUGCUGAGUUGUACUUUCAUUUUAAAAACAAUUCCGUUCUUUAUUUCUUAGUCGAACAUAGAUGUUAAUCCAAUUUUUUUUUGGUACAUAAAAACAUCAAUGUUCUGGAUGGGAGCUUAUGUGGCAAGCCCAUUUGGCCACUGUAUCAUCUGUCUAUUCAUUGUAACUCAGACUCUUAAUUCACUAUGUUAAUUUCGGUGUGUAUGAUCGAAUGCAUGUCUGUACAUUAACUCUUAAGCUAUCCUCCUAUUGGUUUCAAUGUGCAGAUAAUCGAUAAUUUAUCCACACCCGAUUAACUCGCAAAAAUAUAUAUGGGUUUUAAACAGACACACACUCACUCUGUUUCAUCGUGUGCUUGCUCACCGUACGCUUGUGGAUUUUUAUUAAUCAUUAACAAUAAACUAUCUCUAUAACUGGUGUUCAGGCUUCUCAAUAAUCUCGAGUAAAUUCGCAAUUCUACUAGGAGAUUAAGCCUACCUAGAAUACUCAGUUAACGGGAUAUUAUUUAUUGGAGUCAGAUAUUGAGGACAUUAGCCUCUACAAGUCACUUUGUUACAGAUAUGAUUAUAAUGCAUCAUCAUUCGAUUAACGCACACGUCGGAGUUACUCAAACUCUGAGUAGUAUUCGUGAGAAGUAUUGGAUUGUUAGAGGAUAUUCUGCUGUUCGGAAGGUUCUAAAACGAUGCUACUUAUGUAGAAGACUUUACUCUAUGCCAUAAUCCCAAAUAAUGGCACCGUUACCGGAAUACCGAGUCGAGACUCAUUCACCACCCUUUAGUCAAGUAGGUAUGGAUUACUUCGGACCGUUCUAUGCCAAACGAGGUAGAGUUGUCGAGAAACGUUAUGGCUGUUUAUUCACCUCCUUAUCUAUUAGGGCUGUUCACAUAGAAAUGGCCUACUCUUUAGAUACGGAUUCAUUUCUAUGUGCAUUAUCAAGAUUUAUUGCCAGAAGAGGAUGCCCAAAGCGUAUUUUUAGUGAUAACGGCACAAACUUCUGAGGUGCAGACGCUAGUUUGAGACAGAUUAUACGUUCCUGGAAUACAAAUAAAAUAGAAAACCACCUUAAAGAACGAGAAUGUGAGUGGCGUUUCAACCCACCUAGGUCAAGUCAUCGAGGUGGUGUGUGGGAACGCAUCAUAAGAUCUAUUAGAAGAAUCUUAAGAGUGCUUUUAUUCCAGAAUGUGUUGACCGAUGAAACUCUGCAAAGCUUCUUAACUGAGGCGGAACGGAUAUUGAAUGACAGACCUCUGGUUAAAAUGACAGAUGACCCUGGUACCCUAGAAGUUCUUACUCCGAACAAGUUGUUACUGGUUUAUAAAAAAAUAUCAUUCGAUGAUGCUUCGGUGGAUAAGACGUUAUUAUACAACAAAAGAUGGAAAGAAGCUCAAAAAUUAACCACCACAUUCUGGAAUAGAUGGAUAAAAGAAUAUUUACCGACUCUCCAAACAAGAGACAGAUGGUUGGACGUACACAGGAACUUACAACCAGGUGACUUAGUCCUUGUUAGUAACGUCAAAGUGAAUAUUGGUCUAUGGCCUAAGGCUAUUGUCGAGCAAGUAAGCCAUGGCCCGGAUGGACGAGUCCACAUGGCAAAGUCGAGAACUUCAAAAGAAGAAAUCGUCAGAGAUGUGCGAAGCCUAUGCCUGCUAGAAGAAUCCGGUUAUCUGACGGCGACGACGACCCUGGACAAUGGACGUGGUGCGCGUUUCGGGGGGGGAGUGUAAAAUGUGAUCGAUAGACGAACUCACCAAUAAUAAACGGAAACACCCAUCACCACAUUAACUCCUUUUGACCUUGUACUACUGUAUCUCUUUAUUAACCAAUCACAGUUUGAUGUUCAUUGUAAAACAAUAUUUACUUGUUGACUCAUUUUUCCUAUUCUCCGGCUACUGUUCGAAACAGAUAAAGUUUAUCUAGCCAAAUAGCUUGCUUGUUCUGACUUUGGCCAAACCAAGACUCUGUAUUCGACGGUCUAAAGAAUAGUUCAGAAUUAAACCUGUAGGAAAUUGCUCCCGACACAAUGGAAUAAAGGAUUUCUUGAAAAUAUCUUAUUUCACUUAGGAAACUCAGCUAGUUUUUUCCACAUUUUAAGGGAUGCAUAUAACUGACAAUAAGAAGCAUUCCUAUGGUAACAUUGAUUUGACGAUUAUUAGUACUAAAUAAUUAUCGAGCACAGAUUUAUUUUUGACUUCAAGCUACACUUUAAAGCUAGUAAUACUAUCCGGUUGCUUAAAUAGAAGUUGGCAAAGCAGCAAACAACUGCGCUUAAAGCACUAACUUCAAAGUAUCAGGUGCUGGGCUGCAACAGGCAUCAUCAUAAGGAAUGGAUCUCUAUCAAGACCCUGCACAAGAUUCAAGAGAGGAAGAACAAGAAGACAGAAAUUAACAACAGUCGAAAAAGAACAGAGAAAGUCAAGGCACAGACCACAUAAACAGAAACAAACAAGCAAGUGGAGAAGACCACUAGUGCAGAAAUAUGUGGAAGACCGAGCAACGACAGAGGAAAGGUUUCAGGAGAAGGAAAUAUGAGACAGCUAUAUGACACAACGAAGAAACUGGCAGGAAAUAUGGUAAAGGAGAGAGAAAAGUCAGGGACAAAGAAGGUAAGACAAUCAACGAGACUCAAGAACAGAGGAAAAGAUGGGUAGAACACUUCGAGGAACUGUUGAAUAGACCAGCUCCACUGAACUCAUCGGACAUCGAAGCAGCACUUACAAACCUUUUAGAUGUCACUCCGUGAACGACCGAAGAAAUCAGGAUGUUCGUCAGAUAAAUAAAGAAGGGGAAAACAGCACUACCUGAAAGCUUACAGACUGAACCAAUAGGUGUCAGAUAUAGAAGUGACUGCGAAGAUAUUCUAUGUUCUAUCCAGGAGGUUUGUGAGGAAGAACAAGUACUGCCGGACUUGAAAGAAGGAUAUCUCAUCAAGAUACCGAAGAAAAAUCUCAACAUGUUGGAGAACUACAAAGACACUACGCUACUAUCAAUAGCGGAAAAAUUUUUCAAGUGUUGUUGAGCCGUAAGAAGAUUCAGUAGACGCACAACCUCGAAAUUAACAGGCUAGAUUUCGUAAGGAUUGAUCGUGCACAGACAAAAGCGCAACCCUACGGAUCAUCGUUGAACAAUCGAUUGAAUGUAGUUCAUCCUUAUAUUAUCAAAUUCCUUGUCUAUGAGAAAGCAUCUGAGAGUGUGGAUAGGAGGACCUUAUGUAAAGUUCUUCAACAUUAUGGUGUAGCUAAAAGGUCGUCAACACCGUUCGGAAUUCAUACGACGGACUACACUGUAAAGUCGUGGGUGGCGGACAACUCACAGACUCAUUCGAAGUGAGGACCGGUGUCUGACAAGACUGCUCACUCUUGCCCCUUAUCAUUCUUAAGGUGAUUGAUCGGAUCAUCAAGACUUCCAUAUCUCAGUGGAAGCGUGGAAUGCAAUAGUUAGCUUAGAUGUUACUAGAAGAUUUGGACUUCGCAGAUUGCCUUCUUUUCUAUCCCAUGCACACACACGAACAAAUGUAGGUCGGAACAGCCAGUAUAGCAACAGCCUCUAUAUCAAUAGGCUUCAAUAUACACAAAGGAAAGAGCAACAUCCUCUAAUACAACACAGAGAACACUAACGCGAUCACAUUUGAUGGGGAAGCUCUGGAAACGUCCAACUACCUGCUCAGCAUCAUCGAUGAACACAGAGGAUCUGAUGCAGACGUAAAGGAGAGGAUCGGAAAAGCAAGAGCAGCAUUCUUACAAUUGAAGAACAUAUGGAAAUCAAAACAACUGUCAACCAAUUGCAAAGUCAUAAUCUUCAAUACGAGUGUUAAGACAGUUCUACUGUAUGGAGCUGAAACGUGGAGAACUAAUACAACCAUAAUCAAAAGUGCACAAGUAUUAACAAACCAUUUACUACACAAGAUACUUAAUCUCAUCAGCAACAAUCUAUUGUGGGAGAGAAAAAACCAGCCUCGAGCUGAAGAGAAAAUUAGGAAAGGCACUGGAAGUGGAUAGGACAUACAUUGAGGAAAUCAUCAAAGUGCAUUAUGAUACAAGCGCUAACUUGGAAUCCUGAAGGGGAACAGAAUAGAGGAAGACCGAAGAACACAGUACGUCGGGAAUCGGAAGCAGACAUGAAAAGGAUGAAUAGCAACGGAAACAACCAGAUAGGAUUGUUCAGGAGAAAGUUGGACGAAGAAUGCUGGUAGACGGCCUAUGCUGCUUCACGAAGUGUAAUAGGUGUAAGUAAGUAAGUAAGUAAGAGUAGCGGUCGAAUAUAGUAAUGAUUUGAUAAAUUCAUCUUUUUCCAAUUAACCUCUAAUUAGUAAAAAUAUAUUGAUCUUAACGAACUUUUAAAAACAUAUUCAUACAGUUGUGUGUAUAUAAAA